AUGGAAGUUACCACGACAGAGCCACCCGAGAAGUUCGAUGAAACAUCUGAUUUUCAAGUUGAACAUUUAGAGAAUUUCUUAAAUGAUUUUCAGUUCCUAAAUACUAUUGAUACUUCCAAAGAACUCAAACAUCAAAAACUAAUUUUAAUAAGAUUAUCCACUAUAAAGAAUGUGUUACAGAAUUAUUACAUGCAUGACACUUCUUUCCUUGUUAAUGAACGUGCAACAAAAUUCUGCAACCUUCUCUUUAAUAAUCAACGUACUCUGUUGUUAAUAGAUAAUGUUAAUUUAGAAGAAAUUCAAAGGCAAUUAUUAGAAACCAUUUGUGAUUUAUACAUAUCAAGUCUUGAUAAAUUGAAAGACUCGUCAGUCUCUGCUUCUGUUGAAUCAGCCUUGGAGAUAUUUCAUAGUAUAUUAAAAGAUUUUAGGCAUCGUUUAUCUGAUGUAAUUAAUGAAUUGGCCGAACAUGAUUUAACACAACACGUGGGAUGUCGAUUAUUGAAUAUACUUGAUAAACGGUUUGAUUUCGAAAAAAUUAUGGAUAUGAGUAGUAAGGAUAAAAAAUUGAUCAUCGUUCCAACUCUUACAAUCAUUUUGGACAUCAAAAAACUUGCGAUUGAUGAGAUAGAGAAUGUGUUUGACUUUCAAUUAGUACAAGAUUUUCAAAAUCUUUUGAAAAAAAUCAACUCAAAGAUUGAAUCAAUAUGUGAUUUAUUGUGUCAUGAUUAUCCACCGAUUAUCAGUAAAGUCUUGGACAUUCUACAUCGUACGAUGAAGUCUUCAAAUGAUAUUAACAUGAUCUUUUUAAUUCUUACUGGUAUACGGAAUUAUACAGAGGAAAUUUUGGCUGCUUCAAAUGCUCAAAAGCUUGUAGGUUGUCUUAAGCUCGAUGAUGAUCAUACCGAAUUUUUCGAUAGACAAAUUGAUAACGACAAGAUUGAAUUUGAUGUUGCUAUAAAUAUCGAAUGUGUAAAGAAAUUAAUAAACAUUUACAUCGAGGUUUACAUUUCCCUGAUGAAAUUUUACAUGGAAAGUGACAAAGGGGUGAUAGAGAUCGAUCAUUACAUUUCAAAUGAUGUAAAACUUCACAUGUUGAACGACAUUUUAGCAUUCAGUCGAGGUUUAUUACAACAAAAUGAAGAUUCGAUUAAAGAUAUAUUCAAUUGGUAUACCAAUAAUGAUAGUGAUCUAGUUACUUUCAUGUUAAAAUUGGUACGAUUGGAACUUUUAUUUAAAGAAUUUGAGAGGAGGUUGAUCGAUUUUGACGAAGAAUCAAUAAUCGAGUGCAUAUCAUCACAAGUCAAUCACGUCUUGAAUUUUUGUACUUCACAUGAUUUCUUCUUGAGAUUUUUGAUUUCCACAGGGUUUAAUCACUCAAUAUUAUUGGAUUUUUUAAUUUCAAAUGAAACGAUCUUUUUGGAAUUUCUUUUAAAUUAUUGUAAAUACCUUGAACAAGAUAUUUCUCAAUUUCUUAUCACAUGUAAGAAAUUUGAUGAAAGGAAUUCGAUAAUGUUUGAAAGAGUCGCGGGGAUCUUUAAAAAUUUGAUUCAAUCAAUACAAUUGUUGAUGGAAAAGGAUUUGUUCCCUUAUAAUGCUACUUCUUUGAUUACUAGAUUAAAAAAGGUUGAAUCGUUGAUUUCUUGUUAA